GGCAAGAGCGGCGAUGGGCGCUGCGGGCUGAUUGGUAAAGAUGGAAAGAGGGAGAGGAGAAGGAGGAGGAAGGAACCUGGGAGGCUCUGGCUUGCAUAGGAACAUUUAUUCCCAGUCCCAACAGCAGUACCACUACCCGGCCUCCUCCCAGGGGAGCUGCAUGGAGAUCCAGGAGCUGGCCUCCAAGAGGGUGGACAUCCAGAAGAAGCGGUUUUAUCUGGAUGUGAAACAGAGCUCCCGCGGCCGCUUCCUGAAGAUUGCCGAGGUCUGGAUAGGAAGGGGCAGGCAGGACAACAUCAGGAAGAGCAAGCUGACCCUCUCCUUGUCCGUGGCUGCCGAGCUGAAGGACUGCCUGGGGGACUUCAUCGAGCACUACGCCCACCUGGGCCUGAAGGGCGGCCACAGCCACCGGCACGAGCACAGCAAUGACAAGGAGCAGCAUCCCCGGAGGCGGCCGCAGCACCCGCCGCCCUCGCCCCCGGCGUCCGUGGGCUCCGAAGAGCCCCCUCACAGCGUUCUCAAAACGGAGUACAUCGAGAGGGACAACAGGAAGUACUACCUGGACCUGAAGGAGAACCAGCGCGGGCGCUUCUUGCGGAUUAGGCAGACCAUGAGCAGGGGACCUGGCAUGAUGGGUUACUUUGGCCACAGCUUGGGACAGGAGCAGACGAUCGUCCUGCCGGCGCAAGGGAUGAUCGAGUUCAGGGAUGCUUUGGUCCAGCUGAUCGAAGAGUACGGCGAGGGGGACAUAGAGGAUCGCCGGGGGGGAGGUGACGAGCCCCCGGAGCUCCCCGAGGGCACCUCCUUCCGAGUGGACAACAAGCGCUUCUACUUCGACGUGGGAUCCAACAGGUACGGCAUCUUCCUGAAGGUAAGUGAGGUGAGGCCGCCCUACCGUAACACCAUCACAGUUCCCUACAAAGCGUGGACACGGUUCGGGGAAAAUUUUAUCAAGUACGAAGAAGAGAUGAGGAGAAUUUACAACAGCCAUAAAGAGAAAAGAAUGGAUGCCAGAGGGGACAGUGGUGAAGAGCAAGAGGGUCUGGAAUAGAGUGCAUUGGACAAUUAACCAAACAAAGCAAGCAGAAAUUGGUGAGAGGGACUGACCUAUAGUAAUUCCAAGUUGCCCCAGUUUUUUGUAAAGCCCUUUUCUGGUAGUUCCUGUUAACUCCAGUACAUAAUGUUCUAGGAGGCUGGUUAUCAUGUUAAACUAUGCCCAAAACAUCUCCGUGUGUCUUAGGAAAGGACCAACCUCCCGAGUCCGUAUGAGUCAGCUGCUUCGAGUGUUGGAGACUGUGGAAGUACGAGUAUCAGCACAAACAAAAUCCGGCACCCUGACCUUUAAAUAGUCUAGAAAAGGCUUGUGUUGCACUUAAACGCGAUACGAAAGUUCCCCCACCCUGAACCUUAUGAUGAAAUGUAUCAGUUACUGCUUAUCACGAGUUUUUCAGGACUGGCUUCUGCCCGUGCUUGGUCCAAAGGCCGAGCAGCAUUGCCAUAGAGCACUUAAGGCAAAAAUCAGCUCCACGUGAAUCUCUGGUCUGUGUGUGAGGAGGGAGAGAGGUUUUAAAGUUGGCAUCUCCCGGUUAUUGAGUUGGAAACAAUAGUCUGUUUGUGGGUAAAACCUCGAUAACCGGCCAGACCUCGGUCACGUGCCGGUGGAGGGCGGAAGAUCUCUCAUUCAUUCCGUAGUUUUGUGCUCACCUGAGUAUCCCAGGACAGCGGAGUGCUCAGCCUUCUGAAUUAAUGGCAGUGAAUAAUAACCCACUCCUCAUCUCCGUGUUCUGCCUGUUAGAGGCUGGUGAUCUUUUUUUUUUUUUGUGUUCAUUUUUAAUGCAUUUUGUCCAAAAUUUCAGAAGGUAUUUUUGUAUUAGGCGUUCCAGCAGGCGACUGUGGAGCGGGUGUUGGGAGGUGGAAAGAGUGCCACGACUGAGGCUCCCGCCUUCUCUCCCAGAUUAAGGCGCUUCGGGAUGUUGCCUGUGCGAGGAAAACAUUUGGGUGUUUUCCUCCUCCUGCCUUUGGAAGACCUUUGGGGUGUUGGGUUGGAUUCAUGUAGAAAGGCAUCUCCUUCAUGCUCCCCUGUGGUGCGUUUCGGAAGCCGUGGUGGACGUCCCGUUGGGUUUUCUGUUGUGUUGAUCGUGGGUGGUGUUGGGGAGACAACAUCAAUGCCCUGCCAUCACCUCCUUCCCCACCAGCUCCCUCCUCAAGGCACUGGAGCUGUCCUUGAGCAGCUCCAGUCCCUCGCCUGCCCCAAGGUUUCGGUGUCAUCCUGGAGUCUUUGUGAUGUAAAUUUUAAAUUUCGUGAUAUUAACGCUCUGCCUGGAGGGAGAAUGUGUGCAAUUACCUGGUUGGGAGGUUGAUGAAAGAUUCUGUGUUUCUUAAAACCUGAAUAUUUAUGACAUAAGGGGCUUGUCCCGCCUAUGGGCAACCAGCUCCUUCCCCCUGAAACAGCGGGAGUUUGAUUGAGCUCCAGGUACUUCUAGUAGCGUGUUGCUCACCUUUAAGAUUGUUUUGAGCAGGCAUUACCAUGUCUGACCAGAUAUUUGUAAUCACUCAAAUUGUUUCAUUGCAGAGUGGCCUAGUGUGCAUGUGGACCGGCUAUUUUUCCAUGCAAACAUGACCUGUUUAAUUUUUUAGCCUUUUCAGAAACAUCUUUAUCUCCAACCAGGCUGUUCACCACUCUGAGUCUGGAGCCACCUGCACACUGCAUGGCCACGCUCGAUCCGAAUGCUGUUGCCUGUUAAUGUCGUAAUGAGAAAGGUUGGGGAGACAGGGUUGGGAACCAAGAGGAUAAUCUGGAUUUUAGUUUGGGUAUAAAAACUAGUCAAUCUGUUUUAAAAAAAAUUAAAAAAAAAAAAAGAAAAAAAAUAACAGCUUGCACCAAAGUCACCAAAGAACCUUUAGGAAAAUGUUACAGUUGUGACAAGAAAUAAGAAAGUUAAUUUCACUGUUUUAGGUGAUUCCCCCUUUAAAACCAUAUAUAGCAGUUACAGCAACCAAGCCUUUGGCUUAGUGUCAAAAACUCCCAUCCCUUUCUCCAUAGGUUGCUCUUCCAGGUCCCUUUUCAAACCUGGAAGAGACGUUUUUGCUCCAUCACUCGAACAGCCAGGGACCGCGAUGAAUCAGCGGGAGUUGUGCGGGGUACUGGUUCAUCGUCGCUCUUAUGGCUCUGGUCCCAAUGGUUUUAACAGGUCAAUUAAAAAAAAAACAAACAACAUAAAACCCCAUGUUACAAGAACUCUACAUUGUGUUACGGUGUGAAACCAGAAUUUGGUGAAUGAGUCGUUGAUGCGUAUGUUAGCGUAUCGCUGACUGCUGCUGCUCGUCACAGUGCCUGAGGUAAAAAAUUCACUUCUAGUCCAACAAACCGGAGCUAUGAAUGUACGAACUUUUUACGCUCUCCUUCCCGUUUCUGUGUGGCGUUCCUCCCCUGCGAGCUCGGCAUCUCCCAUCCCUGCCCGCCUUUGCCUCAAGGGAUCAUGAAAGCUCCUCGGUGGGAAUUAGCCUGAGUGGCCACGUGUGUUGUAAGUGCUCAUGCCUUCCCCGUGUUCCUGUAGUGUUGGUGAGGAAAUUACUCGUGAUUGGAAAGGGAUGUUUUCUUCACCAUUUGGAAAGGAAAAAAGGAUGCUAAAUUGCUUUCCUUAUUGCUGCCCAUUUUUAAAAAAAAACCUUUGUCUUUUGUUAAUGAAUUGGCUUUCCAAUGCCGUCAAUUUGUUGUAAAUAUCACCCAGGAGUCCAACUGCCGGCCGCCGGGCCAGCCUGGGUUCUGGCACGCAGGUAUCCCGUAGGAUCCGCUAAUGCAUUUACUCCCCUGGCACGGGAUGCACCUUAGUAUCCAAACCUGGAUCGGGAUCUUCACGUUCAUUGCCGAUCGCUCGUGGGUAGACCGGCGGCUGUGGGUUUGUGUCGCAGUGGAAAACACCAGUGUUGGCAGAUGUUGGGUUGGAGAAUAACGGCUUUCCACGCGAUGGGAAGCAGAUGUUGGGUUGGAGGGUAGUAGGGAUGCACUCGGAGUGUAGCAAUGCAAGACUUGAACGGUGAGAUUCAGAAACGGGUUCCUUUGUAUUUUUGGCAGCGCGUCUUCAGCUUCCCAGAGCAGUGACCACGUGGGCUGCUGGCGCCCAGAAAGGCCCAGCGAGAUGCUCGGGAACACUGAAUCCCUGAUGUGUUUUAAGUGUUCGUUCCUGACGCCCUCAAACUGCCAUGUCCCUUAAACUUGAGAAAACACAAGCUUAUUUGCACUAGAAAGAACGGCCAAAAACAAUCCUUAGGAGGACAGGGUGAAGAGCACCGGUCUGAACCUCUUUUUCUCAUGAGAGAAUUUCCUAUUCAAGCCCUCACCUCUGUUUCGAAAUAGUAAUGGUCCCGGCAGAAAGUCUGUCAGUUGAAUUAUUAAAUCCUAAUGCACUUUAUAUUGUGUAAAUACUGCUCGGAGCACACUCCUGCUCCCGCUCCGGUAAGGGGAUGCUUUGGUAACGUAGUCUAAUGCCGAGAGAAGCCGUCUCCUGCAUGCACGUGUCUGUUAGAGACCUGUUGGUCCUGCUUGGUCCAGCUCCGCUCGUACGCUAGAGGAGGACAGGCGCUGUGUUGAGGAUCCUCUCAAGCCACCACCAAGAGUGGGAUGAUGAUUUGGUUUUUUAAAUUGCAGUGUGCAGAGCUGCUGAGCGUCCUCAGCUCCUCGCCCCUUCUGCAAACUGGGCCCCCGCCGUGCUGCCGUCGAGGCUUAAAACCGCGCUUUGCGCUCGUAGUCUUGACAAGGCCGAGUCCAGCAGCUGCCUUGUACCUGUCUUUUCCCGCUGCUGGUCCCUGAAAAGCUUAUCCCGGAUGGAAGGGGCUGCGGGGGCUUCCCCUGCCGUGCAGCUGGGGGGACGUUGUGCUGGGUCUGGCCCACGGAGUGGCUUUCCUGGUGAAGUACAGAGCUAUGGAAGUGUUGGGAAGCGUUUUGCACUGGUGUGGAGAGGGCGAGCCGCCGGGUGCCGUGGGGAGGGGAUGGAGAAACCCUCCCUCGUGGGCUCCGUGCGCGCAGCCCGGAGGGACGAUGGGCUUUACCCAGCGAGAAGCUGCAGCGGUUAUUGGUAUCUACUCGUCGUUGUAAGUGUUUCUUAUCUGUAUCCUAUAUAUACCAGUUCAUAUCCACGUAUAGGCAUUAAUAUAUUUAUGUGAGUAUAUCGUAGCCUGUAGUAGUAGAAAUAACCUUAUUUAUCCGAAGUGCAGUCUGAGGAGGGGACGUCUGCUCCCACCACCGGUCUGGAUAAACACGUUAUUCCACCCAGAGCUGGGUGCCAGCUCUUGGCCGCAGCCCCUGUAGGAAUUCCAUGGUUUUUCGGCAAGGCUGCAAGGGGAAGCGCAGUUAAAAGAAGGCAAAGCUCUUCCUUGGAGGCGUCGUUGAGGCGAGGUGAGAGCUGUAAAGAGGCAGCUGCCGGCCACGUCAUGUCUCCGUGCCAUUUUACAACCCCUGGCUCUGCAAAUCUGUGCUGCCAUGUUCAUAAAAUCCCAAGCAGAAGUAUUAAAAUCCCAUCCUUUAUACAAGAAAGAACCCCCAAGCAAUUACCAAAAUCAAUGUCAGCACUUUUUUUUUUUUUCCAGCUACAGAUGUCCUAGUCUGAUAAUUGCAUCAUUUUUUUUCCCCUAUGGCCUAUUGAAGUGACCUAAACUCCCAGGGAAGGGAGCUGGUGGUGGUUAGGAAGCCUUCUGCUCGUGUGACUUGCAGUCCUGUUUUCCAAUUCUAGUAAUUUUUAUAGUAGAAAGGAGUUUAUUCGUGUGUAUUUUUAUUGGGCAGAUUUUGCACCAGGUCAAAAAUUAUAUAAUAAGUGUUUUCAGUUCCAUGGCAUUCCCACUUUUGCUGUACAUACACUAGAGAUAUGUGAUUUAUGAAAGAAUUCCUGAAGAAAAUUGGACCUUCUGUUUAAUUUUCUAUGCUGCUUACUCCAAAGUUGUUGCCCUUUAUUUUUAAUGACUUAACGUGUUGUGAUGUCUAAAAUUCACCUUUCCCCACCUACCCCUCCAUUCCUUUCAAGUAAAGGUUGUGUUUGAAAUUAAGAGUUUAUUCAAGAAGGAGUGGAAUUAAAGGCUACUCCAUAAGCUAUACCCAAGCGAGGCUGUCACAUCACAGCCAAAAUUUAUUGGUUUGGGGUGAUCUGGUCUUGCCUAAAAAUGGCCAAAUCCUGUCAUGACCAUAGGAAAGAAGGCCUGGCUAGGGGACAGGGUGCUUCUGGACUCGGGGGAUUUGGAAAAAGCUAAAGCCAGAUCUUUUGCUGUUCUGUUUCUCCAAAACCUGCAGAAGCCUUCAUGGGCUGACAUCAAUUUUUCUUCCUAAUAUUUUGUCAGCCUGCGUUCAGCUCCCCACCUGCACCUCAAUAAAGGCAACAGUAUUCUAAAGCAUCGAGGUGAAGUAAAAUAUCAAGAACUCCUGAUAGAUGACAUGGAUUAAAAAUUGGUUUUCCAGAAAUGUCAAAGCAUAAAUUGAGGUUUUAUAAGCCGGAUGUCGUUUUGGCAUUUCUGUGAUGGAUGUAAUUAGAUCGCUCCUUCCCCGUGCGGAGGGAGGCAUCACGCGGAACCCGAACCUGCAGCCCCGGGGCUCUCUCGUGUGCACCACCUUCCAGAAAGGUGCAGGUGCCUGCUGGCUUCUCAUGUGUGGUGGAUGUGGUUGUGCUCCUACUGGCCUAGCCUCGAGGGGCCUGGCUCCCCCUUAAUAAAACCGUCAUUAACGGCUUGCUAAUUCAUCUUCUUAAUUGCUAGGCUGCACAGAAAUGCUUGGAGUGGCACAUGGAAAUUGCUAGCUCUGCACAGAGUCGGAACUUAAAAAGGCACAUUCCGUCUUUUCGGGGUUUUAGACCCCUCCAACACAGCAGUGUUAAACAGGGAGGGACAACAGCUCCUGCCUUGGAGGUGUUGCUUGGACAUGCAGACAGUGGGAUGGAUUUCUUGACCGCAGUGGGGGAAAUCCAUCCUGCGGGCGGGAGUUUGCGUCUGCUCUUCGUCGGGAUCAUUUGCCAUGCGGAGAUUGAUUGGAGGCAAAGAUGGCCCUGGGUGGCAGCUGCUGGCAGCCCGACAAAGCCGGGGCUGCGUGCCCAGCCCUGCUCGGCACCGCGCUGGCACAACAUCUGUGAGUUCAUGUGUGGGCACAAAUGAGCGCAGAGGCAAGGGACAGAGGGAUAUUAGAGAUAUUUAUGCACGGACAUAUUACAAAUGCUCAUUUCCCCCCUGUUUGCAAUAGGUCCUUCCCCUGGAGAUAUUAAAGCACCAUCCAUCGUCUGUUCUGUUUCCCGUAUCGGAGAUGUUCAGCAUGCAAUAGGAGCAGGAUGGGUUUCACAAGCAAUAUCAACAUACUCUACUACUAACCUUAAAUCUUUACACUGCAAAGCGUGUGCAAUGGAAUCUGCAUUUCAAAACAGCAGAGAGUAUGUGGGAUAAAAGACACGGGUUAACCCCGGGCUCUUACAAGUAUUCCCAUCUGGUCCUUGUUGGGAGCACAUGUUGUUGGCACAAUGCAGAGGGAGAGGGGGAGUAAGAGCAGAGAUAAGUGCUUCCCACCGAGGCAGAGGAACGAGAAGGCAGGAGGGGGCGGAGGGAAGUGAGGACAAGAUGUGUGCUCCAGGGAAUCAUAGAGCAUGAUGAUGGUUUUAUCCGUAGCAGGAGGAAUAGGCGGCCCCUUCAGCACUGGAGUCCCACAGAGCUGGAGAAGGAGCCACAGAGCCUGGAUCCCAAUGCUCUACUGGGGCACCAGGGUGGUUCCAUUGGGCUGGUUCUCCUUCUCUUUGGGAUGAGUAACGCGCUCUGCAAGUGUCUGAUCUUGCCAACAAACCCACGGGGCCAAGCGGUGGAGCCACUGCUUUUACAGCUCGCCCUUUGAGGCUCCCGUGGCUUGGCUCUUGCUGAGCUGGCAGGCUUGCCCAGGAAUACCUGCAGAAGCUUAGGGGAGCACACAAGCAUUGGUGGCCUGUAAGGUUUGCUGAUGCCAUCCCAACUUAGGGACACCUCUGUGUGCUUUUCACUGGAGCUGUGCUCUGCACACUGCAUUGGCUGCCUCCCGCUCCAGGAAUGAGCCAUGAAGUGUUGUGUGUAUCCAUGGGGCAGCUGCUCUUUUCCACUGCAAAGGAAAGGGGAUCAGAGGGGAAAGAAAGAGGCUUUCAAGAAGCAAUCUCUUUGCAAAGCCUGCCUUUGCAAAGAGGUUUGUGUCCUUUCUAACAAGGCUCUGUGGAUGAUCACCACUUGUACCGCCUUUGCUUUCCUGGGCCUGCCACUCUGAGAGGUCUGAGGUGCAGCACGGGUCGGUGUCAACAGCUGUUGAAAGCUGUGCUUUGAACCAGUGAAGUGCUGGAGUAAUUGCCUGGACUCUGGAAAAGCUGUCAGCGUGUGGAGCUGGGCCUCCUGAUAAUGGAGAUGGGAUCACUUUGGCUUUAUCCUGCCUGUGCCUGUGUUCUCCACCACUAAAAGGGGGUGGAUGAUACCUCCCUACCUCAAAGGUGUGCCAGAGUUCUUGUCAUGAUCUGAUGACUGAUGAUAUCCAAAAGUGAGACAGGGAGAAAUUUGGGAUGGUAUGUAGUGUUUGGAAGGUUUGGGACCUACCUGAGUCUGAUCUUGAAUUUGCAAGUGCAAGGGUGCCUCUAAUGGUGUGUUUCAGGGCUGGGUACAGAGCAAAAAGCAUCCAUAUUUUCCUCGAGUUGAACAGCCUGGAACAAACCUGCUCUUUCAGAUCCCUCAUGCUGGAUAUUCCCAGCUUCCCUCCCUAAGCUAUUUCACCCUACUUCCUCUCAGAUACCUUUCCUGCUGUCCAUUCCAUGUGUCCCUUGCUUCCAUCUAAUUCUAUUGCUUUUUGCCUUACAGACCUUACUCUCCAGAGGAGUUGUAAAAACAGUUUGGUUUCUUCCGUGCUGCAGCUCUUACACGUAAUUAAAGGCUGUUGUCAGGUCUCUUCUGCAUCCUCUCCAAAGGAAAUAGAAAACCUUCCACCAAGGGUAAUUUUUAUCCCUGGUCAUGUUCUUGUUGCUUUCUGAUGAGUCUGUAAGGAAAGCACUAAGUGAUAAGCACUAAGCUCCCUGUGCCAGCAUGUUUGGAAAUACAGGUUUUCCCUUAUGUUCCUAAAUCUCCCAGGAUUGUGUGUUGUCAUCAUAUGAAGAGUCACAGAAAUAUUGGCAUAAACUUUUAGAGCGAGGAGAUCUGAGAGUUUUGUGUAGGUCCAACGAGAGAGAAGCUCCUCCUGUCCCACAGUGUCACCACUCCACAUGAAUAUAUGAUGUAUAUCCAUCCCAGCACCUUCCAGAAGGACAUUUAGGCAGGUGUCAGGCAGCUAUUUCUUCCCUUCUCUUCCUAGGAAAAAGGCUGGAUGUGCCAGUGCAGCCCUGGUAUUUUUAACAUAAAUUAAUUAUCCCUGCUGUUGCAUGUUGAAGGGGGAGCUGGAGCACAUCACGUGCUGGCAGCAGCUGGCCCCGACGGCUUUGCAGCACGAGAGCAAACCCCAGGGCUCACAGGGAGCCGAGCCCGGCGCUGGCAUCGCUCCCAACGCUUCCCCUGGCAACUGGUGGUGAGCAGGAGCUGGUUUGUCUCUGGAAGUUCCCCCCAGACCUGUUGCUGUUUUGCAGAUUGUCAUUUUUGCUUUGGGCAUGGAGGAGGUUGCUGUGCUGCUGCCUGGUUGGGAAGUGCCUGAUGUAAAAAGAGAGUCUCUCUCUCCCCCCCAGGAAGCUGGCAGGGGGAAUCUGAGACCAGAGAUUUGAGGCUUUGGGAGAGAGGUGAAGGAGCAGUGCCCUGGAGUAAAUGCAGCUCAGUGUGCAGUCAACAGAUGUGUUUUCUGUUUGGGUUGUCUUCAGGACAGCUGCUUGUUCUUUCCUUCUGGAUGUUUGAACACUCCUGAGAUCUCUGUAGGGCUGCCUAGAACAGGAAUUUGUGAGGGAACCGAGCUGCCUCCAAGGACAGUCUCUCUCCCGAGACUCCAAUAAACAUAGCAAAGUGUUUGAAAAGUGGAACAUCUUACUGGUGGCACUUUUAAAAGAGUUUUUCCCAGGUAGAUGUCACAGCAGGGGUGAGCAGAGGCUACUGACAGCCAAGAACAGAGGGCAAGGGUUUGAUCUAGUGCUUGGCAGGAGGAUUUAUCCUAGAUUCAACAACUCAGUUAAUGUGCACAUCCCUGUAGUAAGUGAUGAAGUUCCUUAAUUGAAGCAUUUUUAUUAAUCUCCCCCAUCCUGGUAAAAUUAGGGAAAGGGUUUGUUGGCUGAAAUGUUUACCUGUAAGCUGAGAAUAGGCUCUGUGUUUCACAAGGUGAACCAAACUUCUGUGCCUCUUACCUCAGAGCAUAUCCUUUAAGCUGGCAUUUUAUUUCUUGCUCCAUCUGGUUGCAAAACAUCAAGGUCACUAAAGCAGCACAGGCAGAAACCCCCGUAGGUGUUUAUAUGGCUGAGUGCAUAGGGACAUUCUCCUCUCACUUUGCCAGCAGGGCCUGAUCCUGCUUGUGCUGUUCCUUUUCCCCAUUGGAUCAUCAAGUUCAUGUCUUGGGCAUGACCUGGCUGGAGGGCUCUUUUUUUCUUAGAAGUUCAGCAUCUUUUUCUUGAGCUUUCCUUAUGAAUCCCUCUGGAAAUGUUGUGCAAAGCCCGAAUGUGCCUUGGUUCCAUCCCUGCAGCCAAUGUAGGACAAAAAGAUGUGCAGCUGGUAAUAUUUUUCCCAGACAGUCGUUCUGCUCCGUGUCUGUUUUGGUGUGUUUUGGCUCUAGCCAUUCCAGGGAUCCUGUUCUGCAGCUCCCACGUGCUUGUGCAGCUGUGGCACGGGUGGUGUGGCUCUGGCAGAUGUUACCUCUAGGCUGGGGCAGAUUCUUGGGGUGGAGCUGCAGCAAAGCAGGAGUUAUUCAGCCAUGCAGUCAGCCAUUCCCUCUGGGAUGGCUCCCAUGUGGAGUAGGGCUGCAUGAGCCGUUACCUGGGGCAGAUUUGAUCCUGUGCUGGUGGCAGACUCGCUGCUUCCUCGAGCAGCCGGCGCGCACCAUCUCGCUUGUAGGCAACGUCUGACAGCUUCCCCAGGGAUGAGCUUUGCUGCAUCUGCUGCAAGUGCUGCUCUGAGCUCGGGCUCUUCCUUCCCACCACAGCUCAAUGGCAUGCCUGGAUCCUUUGUUAUGUGUAACCUCAAUUUGGUUUCUUUGAGCAGUGCCAGGAUUUCAUUCUCCCCGGGAUAUUUAAAUGGGGUGCAGAGUAAUUAGAGCCGCUUUUCUCUGCAUGUGUAAUAGCAGAUGCUGCCAAAUCAGUUUAGGAAUCGACCCAGGGGUUUGAUGUGGGUUAGUAAAUUCAGGCACGUGGGAUGAGCGUGCCCACAGCAAAGCGGGCAUGGAGAUGUGGAGAUAAGAGCUGUGCCUCUGCCAAGCUCCUGUCUGCUCUCUUGCAGUCCUGUGCUGACUCUGUUGCUGCAGUGGGAGCCAGCAGGACCAGGGAGCUCCAGAGCCUGCCCAUGGGACCUGGGUCAAAGUGGCAGCAGACACCUGAGCUAGGCAAGGGACCACCACCCACAGGUAUUGUGUAUCCCAUGAUAAAUCAGAGGGAAGGUGUCAACAGCUUUAUCCUGGAUACCACAGGAGCCCAGCUCUUUCAUCCUUCCUUUUCUGCCUCUGGGAUUUUCGCCUCCUGCCUGGUGCAUCCGCUCUGGAGAGCCUACAGGCAUGUCUGUCCUGGGGUGAGCGUGUGCCAGCAUGCGGUGUGCACGUAAUCCUGCUGCAUCCCGGCCCCCUCUCCAUAGCAGCAUUUAUUGCUGAUGUCAGCACAGUCAUCCCUCAGCGCUGCCAGGGGUAACCCUUUGAGCUAACCACUGAUAAGUUCCUUCUAGCUGUCUUAUUUUUAAAAAAAGAAAUAAAAAGGAGGAGGGAGGUGCUGUAGUCGCCUGAUGAACGUUUUCAUGGAUGCUGCCAGCUUUUUACUGUGGGUUACCUUGGUGAAGGCACAUUACAGAGAUUUUUCUUUUAAGAAGAGUUUAAAACUGUCUGUUUGGCAGUGUGUGCUUUGUGCUGAUACGUGUGAAACCCCAAGAAAUCCCCCAAUCCAGAGCUCGAGGCAGAGGUGGUGCCCACUUAACUCAAGCUGCAGUUUAACCUGUUGCUUUUCACACCUCUUCCCUGCUCUUAGGAAGUACCUUCUAGAGCUGGGAUAACCUCCCUAAACCUCACUCCUCAGGCUCUUUACAGGGGGAAGGUCACCCUCUCUCUCUCCUUGUUCAAAACCCACACUGGCCUCUUCCUCUCAGCCAGGCCAAAGAUGCUGUGCAAAACAAAACAAGCAAGAGGCCACACUAUGGGGAUUUUUCACUUGCCUCAGCCUAAAAACCAGCCUCCUCCAGGCUCUCAGUCUUCCAAGAGCUUCCCACCUUUCUAGCCAAGCGGUUUGUUUGCUAGAAGAAAAAUCGGUAGCUUUGUGCUAGCAAUAAGUGGAGUCCUCUUUUACUAGCGCAGGCAUUUUCUCCUUUGAAUUCUGUUUGAAUGCAGAAACUAUUGUGAAAUGAGAGCGGUAAUAUCGGGAGAGGGGAAAACAGAGUGUUCCUCUGGAUAGGGUUUGAUGCAAUUUGAAGCUGCUUGUGGAAGAUUGGCUGGAAGGUAAACUGAUUUGGACUAAAAAAGCUGGUGCUGGUAAAGUGUGUUAGUGACUCUUCAGCAGAUGGUCCAAAAUAGCUUUUUUAUGGUCUCUGACCUCUAGGAAAGAUAACUGGAUUUUUGAUCUUAGAUUGAAGGGGCAAUUUCUGCUGGAAGAAACUUGUGUUCUUUAGAAACCAUCUCAGACUGGCAUUUACUGUCAGAAACGUUUCAUGGAAGCGGACGGAAAACAAGCGAAAAAUCGCACGUCUGAGUCAACCCCAGGCAAGCCUUGCAGGGCUCUAUCGCUGAACUAGCCAACCAUCCGGAAUUCAGGGGAGAUCCCCAUCAUCAUCCACCCUUCUGGUGGUCCAUGGCCACCAAAAUUUCCCAAGGACACCUCCAGGGGUGUGAUUAGUCAGCAGCAUCCUGGGCUUGGUCCAUGGGCUGCGGAGGUGUCGUGGCCCCAAGGAAAAGCGUUCCCCUGGUGGUGGUUGCUGAGGUGGGUAUUGAGUUAGAGGGGUGCAUUUCCAGACCACUGCUUGCUCACCAGCUGUUGUCCAGCACGCUGUGGCUUUUGGUACAGCAGUAAUAAAAAAAAAAAAUCUUUAUCUUUGAAUUUCAAGUCAAGGGUCUGUUCUCUGCCAAGCUACCCCCCACCAUUUCAAAUGUAUUUUAUUCUCCUUUUCUUUCCACUGGUCCCGUUCCGCUCCGCUCAGCAGCUGCUGCAUUUAAUCCCAGAAGCUGCAGUUGGUAGGGAGCAAAGUGAUCUCCAUAUAACCUCUCUCUUACUCAUAAGCGUGCAUUAUGAAGCUUAACCGAUGGUAAUAAAAUGUUUUGCUUUCAACAUGCUGUCCCUGUGGUCCAAUGUUCCCGUCUUCAGGCUCCAUCGUUACGGCGGGGCCACGUAUCGGAGCUGUUCUGCUGCUCCCCAGGAGCGUGCCUGGGAAUACUGGAUGUGGGCCUCACGGAUACCCAGCGAGGAGAGAUGGACAAGGUGGAGCAGAGCCCUUUCCCUGGGUGCUCUUGGAGGAAGGUUGUGUCUGGGCAGCCAAGGGAAGAGGCGCUGGGGGUCUUGCUUGGCUGAGGCCCAAGUGCAGGUUCCCGUCUCCGUGAGAUUGUCUGGCAGCGCAAUCUGCUGUGAGAGCCUCUUCGGGGACCGCCGCGCUACGUGGGGGGAGCAGGAACAGAUUGCAGUCCUGCUGCUUGGUUGGGUUUUCUUCAUCCCUUUCACAACCACUCCGCAGGUUCGUGGCUUUAUUUGGCUUUUUGUGUUUCCUGCAUACUGAAAAAGGGCAUUUUCAUGCCACCCUGCACGAUGGAUGUCGUUUGUCCAGAGGGGAGAAAGGAUGUUUCUCAUCCACGUUUAAGUAAACAUACAAAAUGUGGAAAGUCUGCUUGAGGAAUUUCAAUUUUGUUUAUACACCAUUGAUGCUUUUAUUAAAAGCAUCUUUUCACAUAUAAAUAAUUUAGAAGUCUCAUGGUUUUCCUGCUCUAAACCGAAAGCAGGGAUUUCAAAGCAGGGAUCUCCAAACACCAUUUCUGUGUCACGGUGGGUUGCACUAGCCCUACAGCUGUUUUUUGUUGAACAGGAUGGGGUUUUGCCAUAUUUGAGGUUUAUAGCCUUUGGUUUCCAGAGGACUUUCCCAGACAGAGCCCCCCAGAAGGUAUCAGAAUAUAUGGCUUUGUCAGGCAACGAUAACAGCUUUUUUCUGGAGAUUGCCAUUUUGUAAAUAAGAUUCUUCUCGAGCAGCACGGCUACAGCUCCGAAAGAUGGAUGAUUAUUUCUUCCCAGAAUGGGUCUUCCGCUGCAGGAUCUGGUUUUUAUUGCGAUAAUUAGCAUAGAAUUAAAAAUGGCCCUGCAUCUUCAGUUUGCACUGUAGUGCCUCUGGUACUGAGCAGUCUGGGUUGGUGUUUUCCUUGGAAAUAGGCUGUGUCUGGGAAUCACUCGAUUCACCACUGGAAACCAGUGCACGGAUAUCUGCAGGCUUCGAUGCAGCAAAAGCCUCUGCCUCCAAAAAUAAACCAUUGCUCCUAAUAAACUUUCAAAUCAGUUGUUUUUUGGAGACUGGAAAAGUUGCUGAGGAUAUUUAGAUGGAAAUCUAGCGCAGAGGCCGGAGCGGGAUUUUAUAAACGCCUUUAAAUUCCGGAGCUCGGGUUAAAGGUGAGGUCACGGGCAAGCAGACAGCUUUUUCUCCUAAAAAACCUGUAAUAGCUUUUCUUUUUAAAAAUUUAACAGCAUUGCUAGUCCAGGUGGAGGCAGAAUUAUAAGGAGUGUCACACAUGGAGGACAGUGUAUCCGUAGGAGAAACUAAAGCGGCAGAAAUGCAGCACCAGGCGUAAACUUCCUUGUGAGAGCCGUGCAGGAAAUUACUGUGCAAUUGGACGCGGUGUCCUAGCAUUAGAUUUAUUAUCCACUUCCAAAUCAUCUGCCAAAAAUCCUUUCAAUCGGAAGACAGGAAAGAACAUGUUAUAAAAAGACCUGGAAAAGGAGUCAUUUUGGCACGGGGGUUUUCAGGCUGGUAAUUGUCCGUGCCUACAGUGUUUGGGUUUGGUCUCAACAUUGAGGUCAACACUGCUUCAGUCAAAUCCAGUGAUCCCAGUGCCUACAUGUGGCACAUGGUGAGAUGUGCCUGUUCUUGCAGGAUCAGGCUUGAAUGCAGUCCUGGAAGAUGCUUCUCUGCCCAGUCUAUUCCUCAACAAGCAAUCCCACAAGACUCCAAAAUCGUUUAGGGAAAGCCAUGGUGUGCAAGCUGGCAUUCUUUUCCCCUACGAUGGACUUGUUCCUUGCUGGGUGGCAGCAUCAUGGCCACAUCCACGUGCUUGUGUACAUUCCCAAAGCUGCUGCUUUGGCAGCAAGGCUGGAUAUAGCAUUCCAGAAGUUUCUUCAGAAAUCUGGAUGGUGGACUGAGAUGGUCACGUUCCCCCACCUUGCACCUCCCUGCCCUCCUCACUGUGGGGCACUGCCCGUAUCACACUGCACUUCUCCAGCUCCCACAUCUUUCCCAGGCUCCUUUCUUUCCAGCUGUAUGCCUGCAAAGGUGGAUCUACAUCCAUAUCCCCUGUAUGCACAACCUUGUUUUUUUGCGUGUUAAAUCCAGAUCUUUGUGGCAGUGAUGGAAAUAAGUGACCUGAGUUUGUAGCUCUGUUUUUACUCCUGGGAUAUUAAGUGUUCCCUGCUGCUGGAAAACCAUCUCCCUAGUGCUUGGUCUGAUGAGAAACAUGUCUGCAGCUGUACCUGCAGCAUCCCCAGCAUAUCCUGCCAGCUCCAGCAAGUCCAUACUUUUGACUUACAAAGAAAAGAUCCAUACCCACCUUGGGCACUCCAGAUGUUGCACAGCCAGAUGUUACCUUGUACAACAGUUGGGAGAGUUGGUGGCAAUGCAUGCAGGGCCUGGGGAGCCACUUUGCUGUUCUGUGACUUUUUGGGGGGUGCCUGCUGAAACAUAGUGAGAACUGAAGGUUCUGCUUUCCCCUUUUCUCAUUUGGCACUGUUUUGUGAGUGCUGAGCUCCUGAGGUAAGGAGGCAGGAGGGCACUGCUGGAGCACAUCUGUGCUUACAAGGAGACACUUCCAGCCCAGGGUGAGGACUGGGACCAGCACAGUCCUUAGCAGGGAGAUUUCCUGCACCCUGUUUCCAGCAAGCAGAGCCAUUGCUUUUCCAGCAUGAGUGUAAAGCUAGGGGGACUGCCUGUCAUCUGCUGGGAUGAAUCCUCCUUUCCCAGCCUCUUUCCAGGAGCAUGCUGACUCAAAGUCCUUCUCUGGAGCUUUUUUCUUCAUGAAAAUGAAGCCGGGCCGUUAAUAUCAUCAGUGUUUACCAGACCGCCUUCGUCGUCUCGUCCUUGCAUUCAUUGUCCUUUGACUGGUAGGGUGGUUAAGAGAAACAAGCCAGCUUAAUGCAUGGUCAGAAAGCUACAAUUAACGAAGCAGACCACAAAUAAAUAGGUAAAUAGGCUAAGCUGUAAGAUAGCGUGUAAGAGGAGGCAGUCUGCCUCUGUAAAGUGCAUGAUAAGCAUCGGCCAAGCUUGCUGCAGACACUGGGCAAGGCUGCUUUCGCUAGACUUUGAGUAUCCUAGUUGCAAAGGCUCGUCAGUGUUCCUAAAGGCUCUUGGUUUUGGAGUGGGGUCGUCUUUUGUUUUCUGUGCGCUGUGACCACUUGCUUCCCGAACGGGUUCGUAGUGAUGGAGUUGGUGGAGCUGUUCUUUAUAGUAACCUAAAAGGUGUCAGUCGUUUGCUCGUGUGUGUUCACAAGCUGAGCCGUGGCGUCGCGCGUCCCUCCGCAGUGGUGUGAUUUGAAGCACUUUUGGUGUGGCAUGUGCAGUUGCAGUGCUGUCUGUUUUUAAUUUCCCCCCGGGACACCCUCCCCGCGUUCCCCCGUGUUUCGGACACUGAACCAAACCGACGUUGGGACUAGCACUUUAAGUACUAGUAGUCACUUUGCUUCGGACUAAACUGAGCACUGCACUUUUGUACGUACUGUUAGCACUGAGUUUUGAACUCUCUUUCUUUUCCCCAUCUAUUUCCCCUCCUAGGCGCAGUGCUAAUUACGUAGGGGCCAUCAGAAGGAAAUUCUGAGGUGUGUUGGACCACUGUCUGGUGCCUGAUUUCCAUUACAUAUCCAUUAGCGACUUGACAGUAGGGAAUUUCCCCAUCCAAACUUAUUUUAGAUGACAGAACCAACACCUAAAUCAGUGACAUCCAGGCAGACGUGGUUGUUGUAAACUUCGAGGUCACCCAGAGACCCGAGCACAUGGCUUUUAGAAACACCAAAGAUACAGGAGAGGUCUCAAAAGGGAUUGGGACGGUGCAAGAUCAUCUCCGUGACAGCUGGGACUGAGCGGAGCGAGAGUCGCGGGGCAGACGCUCUGAGUCUGGGGACAGCCCAGUUCCAACCAGAGAUCCUGGUUCCAAUAAAGGCUGCGCUCAAGCCAUUGCAAUAAAAGCCAUCACUGUGCCUGCACUGGAAGUGCUGUUGGGAUUGCUCGUGGGCUUCAACCGCAAAAGGUGUUUUUAAGUAAAAAAGAUUUACAGGCGAUUUAGAAGAUGGAGCAUAAUAACCCUGGGGUUUGCUGUUGAAUUUGGAAAGUGUUGUUAGGAGCUGAUCAGCUCUCGUGUUCCCAGGCAGUUCAGAUGUGCUGUUCCUGUUAAAUUUCUGUGGUAUUUCCGUAUGGAAGGCCAGGGAGCAGAGCUCCCUUGCCAGCAAGAAAGCAGCAGGGUAGAGUUUUAGUAGGAAACAUAGUCAGAAACCUCUGCGAUUUGAAACGGGAUGGUGAUCCCUGGGAUGCUGAUUAAUCUGGGUUUUCAUGUCCCAAGCCACCCACUCCCAGCCAACUGGUGGGGUUUUGCUUCUUUAAAAGCCCCUGUGGGUUUUCCACAGCAGCAAAUAAAUCAGGGUGGGUGUGAGAGCCUCGUGUUCCCUUCACACCGGGGUAUCCACACUUGGGACUGCUGCUCAUCAUCCUUGACGAGCCCACAGUCAAUCCAAAUCCUUCUCUGGCAAUCCUCCACGAUGGGAGUUUCUCCCCAGUGGCACUUGAUGGAUAAACCCUGCCAGCACAGCAUGAUCAGUGUGAAUGCAGAGAAGGGAAUUAGGGCUUCUCCUCCACUGCUGCUAGCAAGGGGCCAUCGUGGAAAUAACCUUCAGCAACAAAAAGAAAUGGGUGUGUUGGGUUUCCCCCUUGCAGCAGAUGGAGGAGUUUUCCAAAACAACUCCAGUUUUAGUGGCUGGUUUUCUUGGCUUCCUUCUUCAAUAGACCUUUGGGGGCUUGGAUAUUCAGAGGGAACCCAAGAUGGUUAAAAACCCCAAAUCUUGAGCAACCCCAAGUAUUAUGCUCUUACAUCCUCUAUCACUGGAUGUAAAAAAAAGAAAUAGAAUCCACAUUUUGGGUUGGUUUGUGUUUUUUUCCUCCCCUCCCCAAAAUUAUCCCUGCAAAUUUAGCUUUAAAGAAAUAGCACCAGGCAAUGCUGCUGCUCUAUCUGAGCCCCCAAAAUUACAGUGGCUGAGGAAACAGCCUCUUCAGAAAGUACCUUGGUGACUCAGAGCCCACAUCCCGCUCUCUGACACCAGGAUAAAGGCAAACCGUUUGGAAAAUUCCUCCCCAGUCUCACUGAGUCCUUGGAAAUAAGCUUGGGAGAAAGGGGGAUGUGGAACAGGUAUUUUUGUCUUAUUUUCCCCCUCAGGUGCAGUUUUUUUGUCCCUUGGAGAUGGAAUCUCAUCCUUUGGGAAGGUAGAAUUAAGCGUUUUCUCCUGCCUGUCACACUUGAGGCCUGAAUGCAAAUCCUAGCACAGCACCCUUUGCUCUGGAAGGGCCUUUUAGGGGGAAAAAAAGGGAAUUUGAGUUGUUUGGGUUUUCAGAUAGCUCGUGGGAAGCGCAUUGUAACAGCACACAGGUGAUGUUUUACCAACCUUUUCUGUUCCUCCAAGAGAGACUUUUUAAUUUGCUUCGGUAGCUUAGAGUUCCUUUCCUUGAAAGUCUUUUUGGACCCAUGAAAAUGCACUUGAAAUGAGUCAAGUUUAUCAAAACAAAAUUGUGCACACACCCAUGCACCGGCCUGCGUGUUCGUGCUUGUCUCCCUGGGUGUGUGUAUACAUAGAGAAAUAUAUUAUUUCCCAAAACAUUCCUUUUUUUCUUUUUCUUUUUCUUUUUUUUUUGUUGGUUUGGUUUUUUUGGGUUUGUUUUCCCCCACCCCCAGGAUAUUAGCCAAAAGGUGUUUUAAAAGUCAUGGCAUGAAAACUCCUAAUGUAAAUCUGAGUACCUUGUGAUGCUAAUUAACAGGUUUUCUUCCUGAAACUUUCUGUGAUGCUUAAUAUUUUCCUUAGGAAGUUUUGUUUAAUGUUAGAUCAUUGUUCUGGAGGAUGUUGGUCCUACUGGCAUUAAACUAAUGGAAAUAAAAUGCAUGUGUUACAAGUGUAGAAACGGUGAAGAAUUAAGUGUGAACUUACUGUACGAUACUGAUUCUGUUUUCAAACAAUCUGUUUUGCUGUUCAAUAGUUGACAUAUGGAAAUGCCAAUGUACUGUAAUUUAGCACUUUUCCAAUGGACCCUGUUCUCACUACGCCUGAGGGAAGAAGCAGGUUCGGCUUGAGGCCAGCUGAACCCUAUUCUGCGUGUUUUGGCACCAGAGCUGGCCAGGUGGAACUCAAACUGGAGGUUUUCCCAUCGGUGCAGUGGCUGGCACAGGGCAGAGCAGGGUGGCUCUUCCAUCCCCGUGGCCAAACCAGGAGGAUUUUGCAGCUUGGUCUGGUGAAAGGGUGGAAUUAGAUGAUCUUUGGGUUCUAGGAUUCUGUGAUUUGGGUGCAGCCCUCGCUGGGGGUGGAUGGACUGGUGGCAUUGUGCUCCACCAGGGCAUCCCCCCGGGAGCCAGGCUGGGGUCGGGCUGUCGGAGCUGGGGUGGGAAAGCAGCCGGAACAAUCCCUGAAAUCACACAAGGGACAGCCCGCCAGCCCCAACCCUCCUUUCCUAGUGCUAACAGGGUGCAAAGUGUUACUUGUCAUGUACUGUACUGAAAGGGUUAAUUGAUCAGUGGCUGUAUUGUACUGUAUGAAAACUCAUGAAUUGCCUUGUAUUGUUUCUAAUGGACUGUUCCAUGUCUGCCCAAGGAGGCGUGUGCUCAGUUAGGUCCCCCAAACUCUCUGGUGCUAACUCCUCCGUAUCCGAUGGUGCUCCUGCGGACGCUAACUGACCACACGCCCGUCCCCAGCUUCAAGUUCACCACGUCCUUCUUGUCUCUUUGUAUGAAGUCUCACACACACACAUACAUAUGAGAAAAAUUAAGGAUAAACUUGAAUUUGUUUCAAAGCCUCAUUGACAAUCUAAUGUUUUCUAUGUCUGCUUUUGUUUUGGGAUGGUUUUUCUAGAAAGCAGCCCGCCAGCACCUUCGCCCUGGGAGGGGAUUUCGUCCUGUUCACGCCUCUGGCGUCGAGGUGAGCUGCUCCCUCGCUGGCUUUUCAGGCUCAGCCACUGGGGCUUGAUCCAUCAGGAGCCAGUGAGGAAGAGGAGGUGCAGGUGCCUUCAGAGAUGCCCAACCCUAAAAAGCAGCUGGGAUCCUCAUGACUGCACCAUCCAAACAUAGGUGGGUGGGCACUGAGGGUCUUUGGAGGGUAUUACCCCCACCCCUCACUUUGUGGCAAAAAUUGGCUUUUAAGGAGAAUGGAGGUAGAAAUUUAGAGUCCCAAAGGCGCCUCCACCUCCUCCACUGGCAGAGGAGCCACCUCCCAAGCCUGAGGUUUUCCAGGAUGGCGUGAACAGGGCCAUCCCCUCCAACCCCCCGCCCCCACGCGAGCUGCUUUUUGGACAAAAUGAAAUCUGACUAUAUUUUAUAUCGAUUUGAAAACAAAGUCUGAUAUUUACCCCUGUUCUCAACUGAAUUUGCAUAUUGUUGUUUGCCACGAUAUUUGUUCUGUCUUCAAAUAAAUUUGCUUACUUGUGUAGUCUUAA